GUCUCUGGCCUGUCAGGAGGACCGUUGGUGCUGCAGUGGAAGCCGGCGGCUAAGUCUUGUGUAUGGCGUGGUUAAGGUUGCAGCCUCUCACCUCUGCCUUCCUCCACUUUGGGCUGAUUACCUUUGUGCUCUUCCUGAAUAGUCUUCGGGCAGAGGCUGGCGGCUCAGGGGAUGUGCCCAGUACGGGGCAGAACAAUGAGUCCUGUACAGGGUCAUCGGACUGCAAGGAGGGUGUCAUCCUGCCAAUCUGGUACCCAGAGAACCCUUCCCUUGGAGACAAGAUUGCCAGGGUCAUUGUCUAUUUUGUGGCCCUGAUAUACAUGUUCCUCGGGGUGUCCAUCAUUGCUGAUCGCUUCAUGGCAUCUAUUGAAGUCAUCACUUCUCAAGAGAGAGAGGUGACUAUCAAAAAGCCCAAUGGAGAGACCAGCACAACCACCAUUAGGGUCUGGAAUGAAACUGUCUCCAACCUGACCCUUAUGGCCCUGGGUUCCUCUGCUCCUGAGAUCCUCCUGUCUUUAAUUGAGGUGUGUGGUCAUGGGUUCAUUGCUGGUGAUCUGGGACCUUCUACCAUUGUCGGCAGCGCAGCCUUCAAUAUGUUCAUUAUCAUUGGUAUCUGUGUCUAUGUGAUCCCCGAUGGAGAGACUCGAAAGAUCAAGCACCUACGAGUCUUCUUUGUCACUGCUGCUUGGAGCAUCUUUGCCUACAUCUGGCUCUAUAUGAUCCUGGCUGUCUUCUCUCCUGGGGUGGUCCAGGUUUGGGAAGGCCUCCUCACUCUCUUCUUCUUUCCAGUGUGUGUCCUUCUGGCCUGGGUGGCAGAUAAGCGACUGCUCUUCUACAAAUACAUGCACAAGAAGUACCGCACAGAUAAACACCGAGGAAUCAUCAUAGAGACCGAGGGUGACCACCCCAAGGGCAUUGAGAUGGAUGGGAAAAUGAUGAAUUCCCACUUCCUUGACGGGCACCUGGUGCCCCUGGAAGGGAAGGAAGUGGAUGAGUCCCGCAGGGAGAUGAUACGGAUUCUCAAGGAUCUGAAGCAAAAACACCCAGAGAAGGACUUAGAUCAGCUGGUUGAGAUGGCCAACUACUAUGCUCUCUCCCAUCAGCAGAAGAGCCGCGCCUUCUACCGGAUCCAAGCCACCCGAAUGAUGACUGGCGCGGGCAAUAUCCUGAAGAAGCAUGCAGCAGAACAAGCCAAAAAGACCUCCAGCAUGAGCGAGGUGCAUGCUGAUGAGCCGGAGGACUUUGUCUCCAAGGUCUUCUUUGACCCGUGCUCUUACCAGUGCCUGGAGAACUGUGGGGCUGUGCUCCUGACAGUGGUGAGGAAAGGCGGGGACACGUCCAAGACCCUGUAUGUGGACUAUAAAACAGAGGAUGGUUCUGCCAACGCGGGGGCUGACUAUGAGUUCACAGAGGGCACGGUGGUUCUAAAGCCAGGAGAGACCCAAAAGGACUUCUCUGUGGGCAUCAUCGAUGAUGACAUUUUUGAGGAGGAUGAACACUUCUUUGUGAGGCUGAGCAACGUUCGCAUGGAGGAGGAGCAGCCCGAGGAGGGGAUGUCUCCCAGAGUACUCAAUAGUCUGCCCUUGCCUCGGGCUGUUCUGGUAUCCCCUUGUGUGGCCACAGUCACCAUCUUGGAUGAUGACCACGCGGGCAUCUUCACUUUUGAAUGUGACACUAUUCAUGUCAGUGAAAGCAUUGGUGUCAUGGAGGUCAAGGUUCUGCGGACAUCAGGUGCCCGGGGCACAGUCAUCGUCCCCUUUAGGACAGUAGAAGGGACCGCCAAGGGUGGUGGUGAGGAUUUUGAAGACAUAUAUGGGGAGUUGGAGUUCAAGAAUGAUGAAACCGUGAAAACCGUAAGGGUUAAAAUAGUAGAUGAGGAGGAAUACGAAAGGCAAGAGAAUUUCUUCAUUGUCCUUGGUGAACCGAAAUGGAUGGAACGUGGAAUAUCAGAGGUGACAGACAGGAAGCUGACUGUGGAAGAAGAGGAGGCCAAGAGGAUAGCAGAAAUGGGAAAGCCAAUACUGGGUGAACACCCCAAACUAGAGGUCAUCAUUGAAGAGUCCUAUGAGUUCAAGACUACCGUGGACAAGCUGAUUAGGAAGACAAACCUGGCCUUGGUCGUGGGGACCCAUUCCUGGAGGGACCAGUUCAUGGAGGCCAUCACUGUCAGUGCAGCAGGGGACGAGGAUGAGGAUGAGUCAGGCGAGGAGAGGCUGCCUUCCUGCUUUGACUACGUCAUGCACUUCCUCACGGUCUUCUGGAAGGUGCUGUUUGCCUGCGUGCCCCCCACAGAGUACUGCCACGGCUGGGCCUGCUUCGUUGUCUCCAUUCUCAUCAUUGGCAUGCUCACCGCCAUCAUCGGGGACCUGGCCUCCCACUUUGGCUGCACCAUUGGCCUCAAGGACUCAGUCACGGCUGUUAUUUUUGUGGCAUUUGGCACCUCGGUGCCAGAUACGUUUGCCAGCAAAGCGGCUGCCAUCCAGGACGUGUACGCAGACGCCUCCAUCGGCAACGUCACGGGCAGCAACGCCGUCAACGUCUUCCUGGGCAUUGGCCUGGCCUGGUCCGUGGCCGCCAUCUACUGGGCCCUGCAGGGACAGGAGUUUCACGUGUCGGCUGGCACGCUGGCCUUUUCCGUCACCCUCUUCACCAUCUUCGCGUUCGUGUGCAUCAGCGUGCUCUUGUACCGCCGGCGGCCCCACCUGGGCGGGGAGCUGGGCGGCCCUCGUGGCUGCAAGCUGGCCACAGCUUGGCUCUUUGUGAGCCUGUGGCUUCUCUACAUACUCUUCGCCACGCUGGAGGCCUACUGCUACAUCAAGGGGUUCUGAGUCACAGAACCAGGCCUCCGGCCGGGCAGGCCUGCAGCUUCUCCCCAGAUAAGGGCGCGUCCCCACCCAUGGCCUCUGGGGGAUGAGCCACAGCCCAGAGAGGCAGCCUCAGGACCCGAGCCGCAGAGCAUCACCGGACUGGGCCCCGGCAGUGAACUGAAAGGGUAGAGUCCAUCCGUCCAGUGGAACAGACAAAAUACCCACUUGGCAAAAUAUUUAAUUCAAUCCACACCAACGACAGCAACAGAUCCACCUCCAGCCUGUCUUCCCGCCGUGUCCCUGACCCAUAGCAAAGUCAGACCCUCUCGCCACCUUCUCUUCCACCUUCUUCUGACUAUUCCUUGGCUUUCUAACUUUCCUCGGCGGGGGGACAGGGUUUCUCCUGUCUGUCCAGUUUGACACAUCACCAUCCUCUCACUCUGCCCGCGAGGCGUGAAAAUGAGUCCUGUCCCCGUGGCUGGCUCGAGGGUCUCUGUUCAUCAUCGUCAGUAUCAUGGUUGCUUUCGUUUUCCCACCAGGUUUUGCUCAUCGUUUCUGUGUCCACCUUGUCUUUUCUCUCUGAGGUUAGUGAU